CUUUCAGACAGUUCCUGCUUCCAUUGUCUGGGAAGGGCUAGUCUUUGAGUUUAAAGUUUGUUUUUUUUCAGAUUGAAUUUGUGUAGCAAGCUCAACUUUGGUAAAUGCUGUUUUAUUUUGAAACGAUGACCGGAAGAUUUAGUCUUUUUGUUUUUAGCUUCACGGAUUCGGUGCACGUGAAAGUGAAACUAAACUGAAUCCCGGAGUUGAGGGGGAGAACCCACGAUAUAAACUAUUUUUCGUUAGUGCGAUAGCAGCAAACAGGACCUGACAGCACCAAAAAUACUUACAAUCAUGACUGAGCUCUCUACAAUCUACAAACUGUCGUUGGUGGCCGUUAUGUGCUUCAUAAAAGCCUGCAGCAGCAGCUGUCCAGUGUUGGAUUGCUGGUUUGUUCAGGAGAGAACGGGUCGAGGGGGAGGUUUAACUGGAGCUACAAACCAGGAAAAAUCCCUGCUUCACAUCAGGACAGAUGCACACAGCCACACAGCCAAGUCCCUACAGGCUCCAUCUGAUGUCAACCCCGACAGAGUCUACUCUAUCACCGACCCAGCCGCCACGCUCUGCCACCGCUCUCUGAACCCUCCCAGAGGCUCGGUGGAAAAGCCCCAGUGUGAGAUCAACCCCUUCUCGCCGCAGCCUUCUGACCUCAAAUGGGUUGCUCCACUCACAGACUCCUCCUUAAGUCCCAUAUACCUGCAAGCUGAUUGGUUUUCAACUUCCCUACAGGGCCUCAACAAACAGCUGGCCGUUUCCUCUAUCAUGCGCGCUCCAAAAGCAACCAAAGAGCACAAUGUGAUCCUCAGUGUGACAAGCAAAACGGUCUCAGUGCAGUCCAGACUCGGGGAACCAGUGCUGCUGGAUUGCGGUUUCUGGAUUGACCCUUCCUCGCCUCUAUCCGGGUCAGGUUUUGCUGUAGAAUGGCGCUACCAGUUCAGAGGCGAUGGACGAUUGGUUCUGGCCUACGACGGGAAAACCGACCGCUUGGCUGAUACAAAAGAGAAAGGGGCCACAUUGGACUUUGAGGGACUGCACGAAAAAGGAAAUGCGUCUCUGAUCCUGCAGGAAGCAGAAGUUCGUCACUCCGGGAUGUAUAUUUGUUCGGUGUAUCUGCCGUACAUUGUGGCUCAGGUGACGUUGGAUCUUGAGAUUGUAGAACCUCCCUCCCUCUCCAUCUACCCAUCCCCUCUCCCCUUCGCUGUUCAAGGCCAGACUUUGACUGCUCAGUGUGAGGCGUCCGGCUUUGCCCCCCUAUCCCUGGAACUGAGCUGGGAAUUCAAAGGCAUCAAUGGGCAGUCCAGGCCUCUGGGAUCAGGCAGCGUUACGGGCCACAGGCAGGCCUGGGAUGGGACCUACAGCCAGAGCAGCCGGCUGGAGCUGGAUACGACUAAACUAGACCUGGGUCGGGGAGGGGAGGUCACCUGUGUCGCUGUCCAUCUUGGAGGCACAAGACAGGCCAGCGUGACCCUCAAUGUCAUCGGUUUCAGUACUCCCUCCAUCGAGGACUCCAUGGCAAUGGUCGGUGUAGCGCUAGUCCUCUAUGGUCUUAUCAAGUUUGUCUCUUGGACUUUCACCAGCUCAGGCUCAGAUGUGGCUGGCCAACAAGAGAAGAAGGACAAGUAAAGAAGAGUGACAUCCACUGCAGUAAAAGUGUGAUACUGAUCCAAUUUUGGAUGGGGUUUAGCAGGACAUAUCUUCGUAUUCUUUUUUUUUCACUGAUCCAGAGAGAACCUUGCUUGCUUUCACAAUUUUUAAAAUAGUAAUAAUUCUUAGGGAUUGAAAUUCUGUACUGCAAGGAUAUUUUCUGCGAGAAUUCUAUCUAAAAGGGCUUCUGCUCCGUCUAAACAUGUUAGUUGUAAUUUUUCUUUUGAGAAAGGGGAUGUAGCUGGUAAAGGACCAGAAACUUAGAGGAUUUCAAAUGGUAAUGUGUUGAAAUAACAGCUACAAUGUGGGGAUGUUAAUGAUUCCAUGAUUCCAUAUGAUGCUACUCUUUGUUAAAACUUUUACCUUUGAAGUAAUAAUGAGAUGAGAGGGAGCAUAAAAAUAAAUAAAUAAAAACAUAUUUUAAAAAUGUCCCAGGAGUGUGAAAAAUUAAUUUAUUAGACGUAACAUGUCAAAAACCACAAACUGAAUCUGGUUUUUGUAAAUACAAAAAAUAUUUUAUGGUGUGUGUAUUGUGAUUUCUUUUUUUAAUGUGUGUGUUUGUACGUUACGCUGUUACUUUUGUACCCUUUGGUAGAAAUUAUGCUUUUACAGCCUGGGUUAAGUUAGGGAAGGCAACAUUCAAGAUGUGUUUAAUCUUAAUUUAAGUGUGAAUUGAAAAAUAAAUAAAAUGGUUUUUUUUAAA